GGUUUGAUUUUGCAGUGGCAUGAGUAAUAAAGGGUUAAAACUUGCCGUGUACCCAUAUAAAAAUCAGACUCAAUAUAGUUUAUACAAUAGGGAGCCACUGAUAGAUCUUCAGGUACCCUAGUGGAUUUCCAAGCUGAUUGUUGCCAUGACAAUCCCUGCUCUAUGUGCCUUCAGUUUCUGUCUUGACCCACUUUGGUUUAGAGGCAUUUCAAACUGAAGGGACAGUAGGAUGCUCCCAUUUCUAUUCCUUUUGGAGACUGCAUUAGUAGCCAGGUUGCCCCUCUUCCUCUUUUUGAAUCCUCUAGAUCUUGGAAAGUUUCUUAAACAAACAGUUAUAGAUUCAAAGUAGCUCAUUUCCAUACCACAGGCAGAGUUUUCUGAAAUCUCAUCAAGCCCUGCUUUUGUUCUCACUCUUACUACCUAGGUGGACAUUCAAAUCCACACAUUGCUCACAUGGGAAAAAAUAUUUGUGUGACUCAAGGUAGUUUUUAAUAGGCCAUUUUAUAUUGAAGAUUUGACUUGUGACAGCACGGAGGACCAAAAGCCAGGGCCAGUCUUCCUACUUGUAAGUUGAAUAGCCUUUGCCCUAGUCUAGAUUAUCUUUCCCUGGUGGCUCUGGAAAGUGGAAACAGAAGCUCUACCAGCUGGCUUCCUGAGUUCGCUUCACAGAUUACUUGUUAAAAAAGGGUUUAUUAGAGCCAGUCGUGGUGGCACAUGGCUGUAAUUCCAACACUCUGGGAGACUGUGACUGGAGGAUCACAAGUUCGGGUCUAGCUUGGACAAGUUAGUAAUUUAAUGCUUUAGUGAGACCCUAUCUCAAAAAAAAAAGGGGGGGGGGUAGUAAGCUUUCUUCUUAACUGACAAUAAAAGAAACCGUUCUGGAAGCAAACUUUUUAAGGAAGAAUUUCUGCUGAGUAGGUUUACCUUAGUGUAAGUAUUUGUAACUAAGUAUUGUUGACUUUAAUUUCAAAGCCCUGCUGUCUUCCCUUUCACAUUUAUUUUUAUCAUCACCAACUAAAGUAGGCAUCAUUUCAAGUGAACUCCACUUUGGUAAAGAUUACAAUUUUGGAGCUGAGCUGUAUUCAAAACUGCAAUUCGUCUAGGUCUAGCACUCACGUGCUUCAUCACAACCUUCCUAUGAGAAUAGUUCCAUGUUUGAACAGAGGUGGUGGAAAUAACGUUUUUAAAAGGACAUUUGGAAAAUGUGUAAGACUCAGGAGAUAACAAAUACUGCACCUGCCAAGGUCCCGCACUUUCAGUAUACUUAAAAACUCUUGCUGCUUGAAAUGUUCAUUUGAUACUUCCUAAUUACUGAUUUGUAUUGCUGUUGAUGCUUUGCGGCAUAACUCGAAUCUCCAAGCAAAUCCAUGAAGAAGUACAGAAGAACGUGUGCUGGACAAGCUGCCCAAGAAACCUGUUCUAGUCUUCUUUUUGCUACCAACUACCUGUGCGAAACUAGGUUUCUUUUCAACUUUGGUUCUAUGAUAUGCUCUGCUUAACAUAGUAGGCGCUUAAUACUUGAUGUGAUUCAGCUCAAUCUUUCAUUGGCAGGGGGUUGGGGAUCUUUAAAUCAAAAGCAACAAGGUUACCCCUAUCUCGUUGUGGUCGUCGCAGCUUUCUGUAGGGCAAACUAUUCCAAGUUGCGGCCUAGGGACAUAGCCCGAAAGUGGAGAAAAGAAGGGUUAGAUAAAUCAGCAAUAAGGUCCCUAUUGCCAUGUGCUCAUAGCCUUCACAGUGACUUUUCCGGGUAGGGCCCGAGAUGCAGGUUAAGUUAAAUACCUGUCAUUUCUCUACCUUAACCUUCACGGCACCCCAAACCAGCCUUAUUUACAUCCCGGUCCCGCCCGCUUAUUUGCAUACGGCACGCCCAGCGGGCGCCCGCACCCAUAUCUCUAGAGCCCUUUCGGCCCCAGGCCCGUCCUAUCUUCCGGGCGGGCCCGGAGCUUCCCCAGGGCUGAGAACUUGUCUACGCCUGGCUUCACCAAGAAAAGGACGAGGCACAGACCCCAACAGGCCCCACCCAGGGGCACUGGCAAGGGGCCAGCAGGGUUCCGGGUGUUCGUCGGGCGUCCUCUUCCCACUGCAGCAGGCUACUGGCCUUUCCCGCCUCUCCCCGAGCCCCGUGGGAGCACGCCAGGACCAACUCAGGAGAAACCGCGAGCGUCCCACCCCACCCAGCCGCGCCUCACUUCGCCUCGCCUCACGCUCGACGGGAGAGGCGGGACCAAUCAGCGAGCGACGUCUCCCUUCCGAUUCGAGGCCCCCGACGCGCGCCUCACACCGGAGUCCUCCGGACGCUGAUUGGCUGCGCGUGUCGUCGCCUCCUCCAAUCCCAUCGGAAGAGGAAGGAACAAAAGGUCCCGGGCCCCCCUGAUCUGACGGGGCGGGACCUGACGCCUGGGUGCAGGGUAGAUUCGCAAGGCUCUUUCUAUAGUGUGGAUUGUUGCCUUUAGUAAGAGCAUGUCGUCCAUCUUGCCAUUCACUCCACCAG